AUGCUCUGCACGACCCUCUCUCUCUCUCUCUCUUUGUGUAUACAGCUGUCGCUGCCGUCCUUUUUGUCCAUCCUUGUAGUGUGGGCUGUGCAGUAGUGUCCUGAUGGGACAUUUUGUGUCAGCUACAGCUUAGUAAGCUUGACUAAACGCCCUGACUGCUGAUGUGGUGUGUGCAGGUUGGAGUCGCCCUGACAGACGAAUGGAUGCAGAAGAUCCGGGGCUGAGAUGAGAUAAGCGUCCUCUCCGUCUCCGCCGAGCUGCUGCUGCAUAACGCCGAGCAAACAGUAAAGACGUGUAGCCCCAAAACACCGGAACAUUUCAUUUGGCCAGUCAGUUGUGUAUUCUCUCUGCACAUCCUCGCCAGCCCGAUGACGGUCCCGACGCUGCUCUCCGGAGGUGAUGCGAGCUGAAGCCGCGGGACGCCGCAGAGGAGCUGUCCGUGUGUCGAGGUGCUGAUGCGGCUGUGACAGAAGCGAGCAUGGCUGCCGGGAAGUUGCUGCUCUACGCCGGGCUCUGUCUCUCUCUCUGCGCCCUGGGCAUGCUGGCCGUGGCGAUGUGCUCCGACCACUGGUACGAGACCGACGCUAGGAGGUACCGGGAGCGGUGCCGAAGCUUUUCUAGCCGCCGCAAGGACCCGGGCUUCAUCUACAUCCCCAACAACAGCCUGCCGCUGCGGGCCGGCCGGAGCAGCCCGCCCCGCUGGGAGGAGAAGCUGCUGCUGGCCCGCAGCCGGCGGCAGCUGUUCGCCAUGAGCGCCGCGGAUGAGUGCAGCAGGCAGUAUAACUCCACCAACAUGGGGCUGUGGAGGAAGUGCCAUCGGCUGGGCUUCGACCAAGACAUCGAAGACCUGAUGCGGAAAGGUUCCAUUGCGAGGUGCUCCUACAUCAAAUAUCACUACUCCUCGGCUACAAUACCCAAAAACCUCUCUUACAACAUCACCAGGACAAUAAGGCAGGACGAGUGGCACUCCCUCCACUUGCGGCGGAUGACGGCAGGCUUCAUGGGCAUGGCGGUGGCCAUCAUCCUGUUCGGCUGGGUCAUCGGUGUGCUCGGCUGCUGCUGGGACAGAGGCCUCAUGCAGUAUGUGGCCGGCCUCCUCUUCCUGAUGGGAGGAACCUUCUGCAUCAUCUCCCUCUGCACCUGCGUCGCCGGCAUCAACUUCGAGCUGUCCCGCUACCCGCGCUACCUGUACGGCCUGCCGGACGACAUCGGCCACGGCUACGGCUGGUCCAUGUUCUGCGCCUGGGGAGGCCUGGGCCUCACCCUCAUCGCUGGCUUCUUCUGCACCCUGGCUCCCUCCGUCCAGCCCAUACCCCGCUCCACCUGCCCCAAGUCCCGACAGGAGAACGGCACCCUCUGCUAAAGCUGCCGGGCCGCCAGACCACCCAACCCAAGCCACAGAUACCACUACAAACAGAAAAACUCUUCCAUGUCUCCAUCCGUCCACUCAUCUCCAGUCUCUCCUGGUUACAGAUUUCUUUUUUUUAUUUGUGUGUGUGUGUGUGUGUGUGUGUGUGUGUGUUUAAAAAAUGGGUGUCUUGAUGAUCUUCUAUCUUGAAAAUAACCGGGAAAAAAAACUUGACAAACUAAAGAAAUAUUAUUGAAAAUAUGAAGUUGUGCUUGUUUUGUUGUUGUGGAGCAGACAGUGAAAUGAACCAUGACCCAGAAAGGUUUGGAAG